UUAAACCGGGCCUACCGCGGUAUUCUUUCUAGGUGUUAAAUUACUCGUACCUACCGAAUAGGUUCAAAAUGAUAUCUAAUCGAAUUGGAGUUCUGUUUAACUUGGUUUCAGCAUAAUGUAAAUUUCAGGACUUUUUUAGGCGAUGUUCAAGGUUUAAAUCUAAAGGUACAGAUCUGUGUUAUCGUUACCACUGCACUGAAUGUCAUGUGUAAGUUUCCCUCCACUUAAUUUUUUCCUUCUAAAUAGGACAGAAUUAGCUCUCAUAACAUCCUGAUUAUGCAGAUCGUCCCAUCAAGGUCAGUGAUGCUCCUUGAUGUUUCUCAUCACUGAGAAUUCUCACUUCCUAAUUAUGUGUAAGGUGUCAAGAGCCUUUCUAUUGUCACUCUCUGCCUUUGACAUCCCCAGUUCUCACAGAAGAGCCAGGUCAGACCUGUACCACAGCUGCAUCUAAAUUUUCCAAGUGCUGCCCGUGGUGUUGGGAUAGCUGGGCUCCAGCAGAGUCUGCCCAUCAUAUCCUGCACUACGAGAUGCUUCAUGUAAUCAAACCCUCCAUCAUAUUGUCAGCUGCACACCCAGCUGUCAGUCUUCAAAAUUUAGUAGUUUUCUUUACUUGGACUUUAAGAUCUCUCAAAAGUACACUUGGAUUUUCUUGAGUUUUCAUCCAAAAAAGCUUCUAAAAUUGAUGGGCUUUGCAGUCCUGUCUAAUCUUGCAGUAACAUCUGUUAAGUCAGAGAAAGGCAGCAGAACGUCCCAUGCUGAGUUUUCUGCCUCUGCUUUUUUCAGUUGUUACAAAGUGGUCCUGAACACAUAUUUUCAAGUGAGCAACCUUAAAUUGAGUAGCCUCAUGUAAUACAUCUUCAGUAGCUUCCCAUUUCCUCCAGAGAUAGGUGAUAGCACCUUCUCUGAGUAUCUGAUAACCUGAUACCUCUAACAGUGUUGAAUUUCGUUUUUCCUUUCAGGCCCAAGUUUCCAGUCUGUUUCUUUGGUUUCUGCUUUCUCCAGUUUGCUAUCGAGAGAGCCUCCUUCUUGCAGUGUUUGUAGCAUUGAUUUCUAGAACUGGUUUUCAAAAAACAUUCUCAUGGGUGUUGAAACUUCAUUACAGAUCACGACUCUUCACUUCAGCCACAGACUUGUACUUGAGAAUACUGGAAGUGUUUUCAAAAUACUGGAAAAGCUUCAGGCAGGACAUAGUAAUUGUUCUGUAAUCCUCUGCACCUGCCAGCUAGUUUGGGUUUGUUUCUGUGACGAGCAGAACAAGGCUAUCUAAACUUCCUCUGAUUUUUUUGUCCCCUUAGCAAUUGACUCUUCAGUGCCACUGCUGAGCUUCACCUCUUCCCUAAGGAAGGGGAGGGUGGAGGUCUUGGUUCCACCCUGCCAGUAACUGGCUUUCAUGAGACCCUUUAGUGUUCUGAGCAGAACUGAGACUGUGAAAAGCAAAUUAAAAAUCCUAUUUUAGACCCUUUUAUUUUUGGCUAGUUCAGCUGAAGGAACUGGCCUGCCUUGGGUCACACAAGUGUCAGCCCCAACACAAAAUGGGGAUGCACUCACAGCAACUCCAAUUUUAGGCAAAAUUGGAUCUUUUCCUUAAAAGAAAUCCUACUGCUAUCCUUUAAAUCAAAUCCAUUCAAACUUCAGCCCAAGACUGAACAAAAUAGUAGAUCUGUUGAAUCGUGUUUCAGAAAACACAGAUGUAAAUUGUAGGAUAAUUUUAUUGGUGUACAACAUGGUUAUCCCCUCGCUCCCAGGUGGCAAGUCACCUCCUCACCAGCUGAAACAGCAACUUUUACUUCCCUCCUACCGGUUCCAAAGCUUAUGUGAGCACAGAAUUUGUUCAGCUUCCUAAACUGGCAAAAAACUAACCCAGUUAAAAAGGUGGUAGUAGAUUUCUGCUUGUUGGGUGAGUUUAACAGGCUUAUCAGGUGAUGUUGUGAGGGUUGGUAAUAACAGAGAGGAAGGUGCAGCAGCUUGUGGGCAGGGGCACUGAGGGGACAGAGGGGAAGCAGCUCUUGUCCUUCCCUCAGCAUCUGGUGCUGAGGAUUAGAUGCUUCCAAACACAACAUCUCACUUUUGGUAUUUCAAAUAUUUUUGUAAUCGGGAACAAAUCAAAGCUCAUUUUCUUCUUUCAGGUGAAAGGAUGUCAGUGUUGUAAAGGGAAUUAUUAAAUUUCUUAACUCUAAUUUUUAAAAUAAUUAAGAAACCUAUUUCAGCACCAUUUCACUGGUAUAUAUUAGUUAUUCAUCUUUGUAGCAUGAAAUCUAGAUCUCUCAGAGGGGUUGUUACUUCUGCUCCUUAGUUGGUUUAACAUUUUACUGUGGUUAUUUUCUUAUGUUUGUUUUCAAGCGUUAGCUGUGAGUGCCUCAGUACUGGUGGAAGAUGGAUCUAAGCAUAUUCUUAGCAUUCAAAAAUCCCUAAAUGAGUCUGACAGCUAGUUUAGGAUUAAGGCACAGUUUGUUUCACAGACCAAAUUUAGAUUAAGGCAGUUACAUGUCUGACUUAAGGCUCUUAAAGGGAAGGGGGGACUGGAGCAAACAGUGUUUAGCUGAGCAUGGUAGUUACAAAAGAAGUGCCAGGAAACAGUGUGUGGGUGAGGUUGGAAGGCAGGGAAAGCAAGAACCAUAAAUUCCUCUCCUUUGAGGAAUAUGCCUAAUGGUGAUGUAGUGCCAUCUUUUGAUGCCUUCCCUCCUCCCUUUUGUUUUGUCAGGUUGUUGCUGACAGUGAAGGCCUUCCUCUCACAGCUGUUUAAAUGAGAAUGUCCCUGGCGCAAAGAGUACUGCUGACAUGGCUUUUCACGUUACUCUUCCUCAUCAUGCUGGUGCUGAAGUUGGAUGAGAAAGCACCAUGGAACUGGUUCCUCAUUUUCAUUCCAGUGUGGAUAUUCGAUACAAUUCUCCUAGUUAUGUUAAUUGUAAAAAUGGCUGGACGGUGCAAGUCUGGCUUUGACCCUCGGAACGGCUCCCAGAACAUGAAGAAGAAAGCCUGGUACCUCAUUGCAAUGCUCCUGAAAUUGGCCUUCUGCCUCGCCCUCUGCGCGAAGCUGCAGCGAUUCACCACCAUGAAACUGGCCUACGUGUUCAUCCCACUGUGGGCCCUGCUCAUUGGCGGGAUGGUGGAACUGGGAUACAAUAUCUUCUAUGUACGAAGAGACUGAGCUCUGCCAGGUGGUUUUCAGCCCAAUGAUUGGCACCAAAUUACCAGAAUAUUACCAUUUUGCCAUGAAUUUGAUCUAGAAAGCCAAAUAAGAAAUGAGUCAAGCUGGAGACUUUAUCUAAAGCAGGCUGAAGACUGGAAGUAGACUCGUUCCAUUUUUUUAUUUUAAAACUAUCACAUAUGCUCUUGUAAAUAAAAGUAUUUGUUCAACAUAA